AUGCAACUGGAGAUGAGUGCAGGAGCAAAGGCAGAGAAGCCUGCUGUAAGGAAGCCGCUCUGCGUUCAUGAAGGCAGCACGCUCAUCCGGCUCAAGCUGAAAGUGUGGGAGCUCCCAGACCCAGUUAAGGGGAGGGCAGCACGGGGAGGGGGGAGCACACACAGAGGGGUCUUUGGUCCUGCCCUUGAGCCCCCGGCAGCCCCCCCCGGGAAGGAGAGGAGCUGCCCCCCCCCCAGCUCAGCCUGCUGGUGGGAUUGUGAAGGAAACCAGGUGGUGGGGAGGGGACACAGGUCCUGCUGCAGGUGCGGCAUGGAUAACUUCGAGUACAGCAUCCAGCUGAAUGACAGGGACUGGGCUGAGUUCUUCUUGGCCGCACCCGAGGGCGGCCCGGGGCAGGACACAGCACGUGAAGCAGCGGCACCGGCGUCGGCACCGGCGUCGGAGAAAACAGCAGCCGGCGGCGGGCAGGCCACGGAGCCUCCCAGCCACCCCGCUGGAACAAGUGCCCCUGAACGGAGAGGAGACGCGGGAGGGCAACGGCCCCGUGGCAGCCUGGGGGAGGCACAGCCGGCGACUCCGGUGCAGGGCAGCUUGCCGGCACCGGCUGCCUCCCCAGAGGGUUCGGCAAGGAAAAGUCCUAGCAGCUCUUCCCGCUCGGAGCCCGGGCUACGGGGACCCCUGCGUGACCACCCUCCGAGCCCAGCCCUGGAGAUUGCGUCCAGAGCACCCGGCUGCCCGGCGCGGGAAGAAGCGAGCGGGGAGAGAGCGGGCGCCGAGCCCAGCUCGCCGGCUGGCUCUCCGGACGUCGUGAGGCGCAAGGUGCCAGGACAGCUGAGAAAAAGCCGCAAGCAACGCGGAGCCGGUGCCGUCGAAGCGGCCCAAGGUGACAGGGAGCCUGCGGGGGCUGCGGCGCAGGGGACUGGUGUACCGGUGAAGGCAGCUUUAAGCUCACCGGUGUCCUCACGGAAGAGCAAAGGGAAGGAGAAGGUGGCCAAGCUGGCUCCGGUGAAGCUGGGAAGCGAGGAGGCAGGGGAGAGCAAACGGCUGGUGCCCAGCCCUGGCACGGACGAGGGCGAUCCAGCCGUGAGCACUUCCCCGAAGCAGAAGGUGAAGGAGCCGGGGGCACAGCCCCUGGGGAAGGCGAAGACCACCAAAUAUUCAAAGCCAGGGCAGGCUGGUGGCUUGGAUAUACGCGAUAAUGUGCCGAUGGUCCCUGCCGGCGGAGCUGCGGCUCCUCCGGGAGCGGCGUGCCAGGAGGCACCGGGGAAGCCUCUCCGUCUCAAGAGCGUGGGAGCUUGUGGAGGGGAUGCUGCUGAGGGAGCUUAUGGGGAGUCUGCAGCUGAGACCCCCGGGGAGCUGAGCCCCCCUUACUUUGCAGCUGGGGCCUCUGCAAGGGCAGACACCCUGGAUGUGACUUGGCCCGAGAUGUACGACUAUUUUUUCUGUGACUCCCAAGGGGAAGAAGAAGGAAUGGGGGGCUCGGUGGAGGGGGAGGAAGCACCCUUGGAAAGGGAAAUUUCCUUGCCUGAACUGUAUGAAUAUUUUUUCAAUGAACCAGAAGGAAACAGGAAAAAAGUCAAGGGUAAAGACAGGAAGCGAAAGAAGUUCAGCAGCUUGGACCACGCUCAGCUGCAAAAUGAGGAUCCCGACUUGGCUCCAGUCAAAGACUCCCUGGUUAUUUCGGUCCCUGAGGUGUAUGAACACUUCUUUCCAGACAGGCCUGGGAACAGGGUGGGCUGGAGAGGGAUUUUCUCAAUUGCUCCAGCCUCCGAGAUGAAGAAAGCUGUGGGGGCUUUGAAGUCCCUCCUGCAAAGGCCAAUGCAUCUCGUCAGAGGCCAAGCCCCAGCCCCACAGGCUCUCGUGCGGAGAGGAUCCGGAGAGAAGCUCCCCCUCGUCCCGCUGGCCCCACUGGGAAGAGGCCAGGCACGUCCAGAAGGUUUGGACAUGGCCCUUGCGCUGACAGGGAGGCCCAAGGCUCCGCUGGCGCUGACCCACAAAGACAUGUGCCUCGUCUUCUGUGCCUUUGCGUCCUGGGCAGUGAAGACCUCCGACCUGCAGGCUCCAGAUGCCUGGAAGACCAUGUUCCUGGCAAGUUUUGGCACGCUUUCUGCCAUCCGCUACUUCCGAAGGCAGGUCAGAGAAGGACAGUCUCGGACCUAGGCUCGGCGCACGCCAGAGGUGCUUCCCGAGGACAGGCGAGGACGGUGGAGGCAGAGGCUGGGGACUUUGUUCUUGGGCAGUGUGAGAAGCCUGCAUCCCAGCACCAAGACUCUGGACCCAUCCCUAAACGGGACAAGAUGUCACAGGAAGCAGGAUCUUUCCGGUGACAGUCAUUUUCAAUACGGUAGGCAGUUUGUACCUGUACUGGACAGAAGAGGAGCCCGGUGCGGGCUGGCUCUGUUCUUUCUUUGCACACUUCUUGCAUACUUGUGCUAUCUCCUAGGAGUAGUCACAGUGUCUGUUCCAGGCUGCUGCUUGUCCGUCCUCCCUGCUGCGAUCACCCGGUGGCAAAGGAAGGCGCUGAGGUAGCGGAGG